AUGGAUUUGAGAGUAGGUAAGAAGUUUAGAUUAGGUAAAAAAAUUGGUAGCGGUUCUUUUGGUGAUAUCUACCAUGGUACCAAUCUGAUCAGUGGUGAAGAAGUUGCUAUCAAGCUUGAAAGCAUCGAUUCUAAACAUCCACAAUUAGAGUAUGAAAGUAGAGUUUAUAAAUAUUUAAGUGGCGGUGUUGGCAUUCCCUUUAUGAGAUGGUAUGGAAGAGAAGGAGAUUACAACGCCAUGGUUAUCGAUUUACUAGGCCCUUCAUUGGAAGAUUUAUUUAACUAUUGCUAUCGACAAUUUAGUCUUAAAACCGUAAUUAUGUUAGCUAUUCAGAUGAUUAGUCGUGUCCAAUAUAUUCAUGGUAGAUCCUUUAUUCAUAGAGAUAUUAAACCUGAUAAUUUCUUAUUGGGUAAUGGUAGAAGGGCUUCCACUGUACAUAUUAUUGAUUUUGGUUUAAGUAAAAAGUACAGAGAUUUUAAUACACAUAACCAUAUUCCAUAUAGGGAAAACAAAAAUUUAACCGGUACAGCUAGAUAUGCUUCUUUAAACACGCAUUUGGGUAUUGAACAAAGCAGAAGAGAUGAUCUAGAAAGUUUAGGCUAUGUGUUAAUUUAUUUUGCUAAGGGAUCUUUGCCAUGGCAAGGAUUAAAAGCUGAUACUAAGAGACAAAAAUAUGAUCGUAUCAUGCAGAAGAAAAUGGAAAUUACUAUGGAUGCUUUGUGUACCGGUUUACCAGUGGAAUUUGUACAAUAUAUGCAAUACUGCAGAAAUUUAACCUUUGAUGAUAGACCAGAUUAUAUCUAUUUAGAAAGAUUAUUUAAAGAUUUAGCUGUUAAAUUAGAAUAUCACAAUGAUCACCUAUUUGAUUGGACUUUACUAAGAUACACUAAAACCAUGUUGGAGCAACAGCAACAGCAGCAAGGUGAAGUUGCUGUUAAGCAAAAGAAGGAUGAAUCAUUUUCCAAAAAAGUACGUGAGGUUACUUUGGCCAAGUUUUCGAACCAUUUCCAUUAUUGUGAUAAUACUAUCAAAUAUCAUCCAACUCCGGAAGAAAUUAAAGGUUUGACUAGCGAUAACAUUGCUGUUGAUGGUGGUAAUAUUAGUAAGGAGCAACAACAAAUUUUAGCAAACAAUACUAAUAACACACCAGCUAACUAUGGCAAUGCUAAUGUUCCGAUAGCCAAUAAUAACAAUGCUGGUGGUGAUAUUUGGUUAUAA